AUGAAUACACUUGAGAUGGCAGCCGGGGCCAUUCUGAAAACGACGGGAGCCGUCAUCACCAUUUCCACAGCCAUUUUCAUCGGCGUAGCGUUGUACUACAUGCUGACUGGUCAGGGCCACAGAUUCGAUAUCGGAUGGUUCCUCACUAGUACCUCGCCACAUAUGUGGGCCGGCUUGGGAAUAGGCUUCUCCCUGUCUUUGUCUGUUCUCGGAGCUGGAUGGGGUAUCUUCACAACAGGCUCUUCCAUUCUUGGCGGUGGUGUGAAAGCUCCUAGGAUUCGAACCAAGAACUUGGUCUCAAUCAUCUUCUGUGAGGCUGUGGCUAUUUUCGGUAUUAUUAUGGCCUUUGUCUUCGUCGGAAAGAUGGCUGACUUCAAACGUGAGGAGCUUGAUCUGUCACAGCCUGAUCAGGUGGCCAUUCUUGCUCGUAAUCUCGCAGCUGGAUACAUGAUUUUCGGUGGUGGCCUCACUGUUGGCUUCAGCAAUCUUGUAUGUGGUCUUGCUGUCGGUAUCGUCGGAUCUGGUGCCGCUAUCGCAGAUGCUGCUAAUCCUGCUCUCUUUGUAAAGAUUCUGAUCAUAGAAAUUUUCGCGUCUGCUAUUGGUCUCUUUGGAAUGAUCAUUGGUAUUGUACAGACUAACAAGGCAACCAUGGGAAACAAGUGA